CGACCUUGACGCCCACUUCCAGUUCUGACUGAAAACGCCCGCUGUAGCGAGCUCGCGAAAACCAUAUUGUACUCUGCUACGAUGGAGAACUCAACUCUAGUAGCGUCGGUGCUCUGCCUAUCCCCAGGGCGAGCUCGCCACCCGCACACGCGCACAGGACCUGAACAACACGCACUCAAGCUCAACAUGAAGUUCAAAUAUUUGUUCAACCAGCCAGUAUUGCUUCCAUCUCUCACCUAUCAUGGACGCUGGAACGAGGUCGUGGCUCCCUCUUCCUCGGACCGCGUUCGGAGCCACGCGCGCGGAACUAUCAAGGCGCUUCCGCAAAGCUAAUGUGCAGCGUGCCACGCGGGCUGCGACGCGGGAAGUAUAAAGUGCUCGGUCGCCAUCGUGCCUCCUCUCGCCCUUCCGCACUCCCUCAUCACACUUCCCUAAUCCUCGCCCACCCUCGCUAUGGGCAAGUCUAUCCCCCGCACCGCGCUCCUCCUUUCCGCAUACAUGGGCGCAUCACGCGCCCUUCCUACACACCCUAUCGUGAAUAACGCGGUACACAAUGCAGAGUCCAUGCCGAGCGAGAGGACGGUCAUCGCGCAGAUGUUUGAGUGGAAUUGGGAGAGCGUCGCCGCCGAGUGCACGAACUUCCUCGGACCGGCGGGCUACGGUUAUGUGCAAGUGAGCCCGCCGCAGGAGCACAUCCAAGGCCCCCAGUGGUGGACCGACUACCAACCCGUGUCGUACAACCUGGUCUCGAAGCGCGGCGAUCGCACGCAGUUUGCGACCAUGGUCGCAACCUGCCACGCUGCCGGCGUGAAGGUCAUCGUCGACACCAUUUGGAACCAUAUGUCCGGUCAGGACUCGGGCGUCGGCACGGGCGGCUCGCACUUCACGCAUUACGACUACCCGGGCAUCUAUCAGACCCAGGACUUCCACCACUGCGGGCUCGAGCCAUACGACGACAUCAACAACUACGGGAACCGGAAGGAGGUACAGACGUGCGAAUUGGUGAACUUGGCGGAUCUCGCAACGGACACGGUAUAUGUGCAAGCGCGCCUCGCGGCGUACGGGAAUGACUUGCUGUCACUCGGAGUCGAUGGGCUUCGGCUGGAUGCGGCGAAGCAUAUCCCUACGGGCGAAGUCGCAACAAUCAUCGACAUGCUCGCAAGUCAUCCUUACAUCACGCAGGAGGUCACCUCGAGCCCUGACGACGUGGUUAAGCCAGAGGAGUAUGUCCAGAAUGGCGACGUUCAGGAAUUCCGCUACACACGCGCGCUGCAAAGCGCGUUCCUAGGCGGAGGCAUCGACCAGCUGAAGGACCUCGACGGCAAAGGAUGGGUCCCGGCCUCGGCGGCGAACGUCUUCGUUGUCAACCACGAUACCGAACGUCAAGGAGACUCGCUCAACUCCAAGUCGCCAUCGAACACCUAUAUCACUGCUACCGUCUUCUCGCUCGCGCACCCGUACGGGAUGCCCUCGGUGCUCUCGAGCUACGAGUUCUCGGACCACGACGCCGGUGCGCCGGGUAAUGGCGGUGGUACUUGCUCGCAGAAGGGCGGCGCGUCCGGCUGGCUCUGCCAGCACCGCUAUCCCGCCAUCAGCGGGAUGGUCGGCUUCCGCAACAUGGUGGGCGACGUGCCCAUGUCGGACUGGGUCAGCCCGUCGAGUCAGCGGAUUGCGUUUGGGCGAGGCGCGCUCGGCUUCGUCGCGAUCAACAACGUCGAUCAGGAGUGGACGACGACUUUCGCGACGUCGCUGCCGGACGGGAAGUACUGCGACGUGGUUGACGCGCAGGUGGUGGCGGGCAAGUGCUCGGGGACGACGUAUACGGUCUCUGGUGGCAAGUUCGAGGGCAAGGUUCCGGCGCGCAGCGCUCUGGCGCUGCAUGUGGGGGCGAUGUCGCUUUGAGGGGGCUAACUCACCGAUCUCUCGCGACGAACGGUACGCCCAAGAAUUCACAGAAGCACAUGAAGCUAUUCACAUUGUAUACUAUCGGGGCAUGGGACGGCGACGACGAACACGAUGACAGCACUAUGACUAGCGUACGGAGGACAAUUACUACUACAUGACCUGGCCAAGUUACCGUGGCGAACAGUCCUCACACCCGCCAAGCUUCGGAGGACGCCUGCGUGCGAAUGCUAGGAGAGCCACGGUUAGCAGGCUCGACAAUCUUGCAUUGAUGAGGCGAAUAAGG